CUCUCUCUCUCUCUCUCUCUCUCUCUCUCCCAGCCCCUUUCCCGCUUGCACUUUUAUUCUUUCUCAAAAAUAAAUAAACUUUAGAUAUAUAUAGAACUUUAAUGGCAGAAACAGGUGGAGCACUGCCUCAACACGGAUCUGACAAGAUCAAAGCGGCAGGAGAAUGGACAGUGAGGUGCAGAGAGACGGAAGGAUCUUGGAUUUGAUUGACAAAUCUUGGUGAGAGGACAAGCUGUAGGAAGAUGUUGCAAUACUGCUGAAUGGGCUUCCUGAUCUGGAAGAGGACGAGGGUGGCACCACGGAAUCUGUUAAAAGAACCAGACGUGACAUGGACUCACUGGCCUUAGAGUACCUCCGAGAGAAUGUUCCCCCUACAGGAAGAGCUGGCUCUUUUUUCGUGGACGGAUUUUUAAAAAUUACAAAGAUACGAAGUGUUUUCUUUCAGUCUCCUAAUGCAGAUCAUUAAGUGACGAAUCUAUACUCAAAAAAGGACACUCACUUAGUUUGUGGCAGCAGAGUGCAAAUGUGACAAUACUCACUGGAAUGAGAAACUGAUGGAGAUUUCUCAAGAAUGCAAAAUACUUAGUUAGCCCUUUGAGCUGGAGUUGUUUAUUCACUAGCUUGUGUUUGAAGGGGACUGAUUAUAAACGUUGACCUUUAACUCUGAUUUUGCUUUACUGUCAGAGUUUAACAUUUCCCAACUUCUUAUAUGUGUCCUGUGACACAGGCGAUUGAAGAGACAGAGGGAAGGACAAAGAAAGAGGAAGGCGGACAUGAGGGGAUUGUUAACUUCCCACGUGCCCCCCGCUCUGCGAAGCAGUCUGAGUGGCUGUGUUUAGCGCCCGCAGGUACAAUGGGUGUUGAGAUAAUCCUUUCACUGAUUCCUGGGAUUCCUAUUUGUCACACAUACAGGAAAGAACAGAUGAAAUGUUUCUGCCUUUUUUCCUUCCUGUCAUUGCCAUCAACCAACAAACAUGCAUUAUGGAUUACUCAUGGGGUUCAUUGAGCAGUGGGACAAAGGAAUUCUGAUGAAAGAAAAUCAUGGUGUCUGUUCCAAAGAGUUUCCUGCUGAAGCACUGAGAUACUGUGUUCAAGCUACCACUUGAUGUUCCUUGUCGUUUGGGUGUCCAGGCAAUGGUGGUCCUCCACCUG